GUGUGUGCAGAGGGUGUGUGCUUCGCGAGACCUCUGGGACGUGGCAGCUCCGGGCAGGGGCCGAGCUGGGGGGGCAGGCUCUCCUCUGCCCAGCUGGCCACCGGUCUUGCGGGAAUCUUGCUCUGGGGAACCAUGCUCCAGGCUGACCCCCCUUCCUGGCCUCCUCCAUUUGUGAACGGCUCCGCAGGGCAGGAGCCCCGGAGGCAGCUCCCAGAGGUGCAGAGCGGGGCCUGGGCAGCACCUGCAGAGGACGGACUGCCUCUGCUCACCGUCAUCACUGCUAUGUUUGUCCUGCUGGCAGUCUGUAUCGUGGUGGCAGUCCGCUUUGGGCCAAGUCUACACCAGGGCCAUGCCAAUCUCCCCACAGAGCCACCAACCCCAAAGCCAGAGGAUGGCAUCUAUCUCACCCACUGGCGAGUGCUGGGCCCUGAGGACAGACAUGAAGACACCCAGGAGGGCCCUCCUGUCUCCAACUCCUGCCUUGUGCCAGGCGGACCUAGGCUCAGCAUUGAUGAAGUCACAUAUCUGUAGGAGGAAGACUUUGGAAAGUUGGUGUGACCUGAUUCAGAACAAGAAACUGGACAGAGAACUAGGGUAAAGGCAAACUGGGACCUGGGCGUCAGAGCUUCGGAAGUGCGCACACAGACUAAGAUGGAGCUGCCCUCUCUGCAGAGUGCAGAGAAAGCCUGUUGUGCACAGGAGAAAUAAAAGAAGCUUGAGAGCCCAGCCCAGACACAUGCUGCUAUGACCAGUCCCAGUGCCCGAGGCUGCCCUUACAAAGCUUCUCUCUGUUCUUCAGGGACCACCAGCCCCUGAGCCUCCUUCUCUGGGUUCCCACCCCUCCUCCCACCCCUAAUCUCUCUCCUUUGGGUGUCAAGGUAAGUCCAUCUUGGAAGAUUCCACUACCCAGCCUACCUUUGUGCAGGGAUGUCACAGGUCCUGUCACGGCCUGCUGCCCCAGUCCCCGGGUACCUGUGAGGGCCAGUCAAGGCGUGCCAAGGCAAAGAACCCAGGGCUCCGCCUUCUCUGGGACUCAGGAAAGGAAGAAAAAUCUGUUGCCUUUCACUGAUCAGGGGAUAUCCUUUUGGCUGCCAGGGCCCAGGACUUGCUAACAAUUUUUAAGGCCCUUGCAGCCCCCCAGGCACCAAUUAUAGCUCCCCAAAUUGGUUUUGAAGGGCCCCCACUCUCUUGGGGCAAGACUCUGCCUUGCCUUCCCAUGAUGCAAUGGGGGAAAUUUGGGAGCUCUCAUUACCUUCCACUCUCUGGGUGCAUGGGACUGUUGGAACCAGCCUAGUAUUUCCCCGGGGACAUUUCCCAAAUCCUGGUGGGGAAAUAGAAAAAAAGGGGGGGGAACUUUGUGGCAGAUCCUGGCUGGCAGGAUCCGUGUAUGUUGUGGCUACUCGAGAACAAAUACACAUGGACAACAGAAGUCCUGUAGAGAAAAAGGGACACCUCUCAGAGAGACGGUGAGAGGGCCAGAGAGCCCUGUCCCUGCCUGGACAGGCUUUUAUUGCUUCUCUGGGUGCAUUACAUGGAGGGCAGUCCUCAUUUAUAUGCACAGGUUCACUGUAGCGGAUUACCUUUUACAGAUAACAAAGGAAAGAAUGUUGCUAAUUACUUCAAAGAGGAGGAUGUUGCAGACCAAGGGGAAAAUUGUUGAUCCGGUCACACUUCAUACUUGGGAGGUUUAGCUUGGAUUUUAGGAAGUUGCAGUAAGCCCUUGCUGCCUCAGUUCAGGGUGAGGGAGUUUUAGCAAAAGCAAGUCUUAUAGCAGUCUGGGUACAAUGCAGGCCUGAUUCCCCACAGGAAAACCUUUCUGUGGACGUGGUCCUGUGUGCCACAUGCACCCCACUGGUUCGCCACGUGAGGGCUGAGCUACAUUUCCAUGGCACGUGAAAUGGUUCCCCACAAAACUUCAUGGAGCUUGUCUGGGGGGAAGAAAGGAGUGGGGAGAAGACCUACAGAAGGAAGGACAUGGAGGUUCGGAAGGGGCUGGAGGCCAGGAAGGCAGAGCUGAGCCUCCCAGUGGCUUCCUGGAAAGGUACCUCUUUCCCUGACACCUCUGAGCUUCAUUUACGUGCAGUUAAGAACAUGCAGACAGACAUUGUGGAGCGACCUCUGCGUGCUUUACCCUGGGGAAUAACUGAGGGCAACAAGUCAACCUGGGGAUUGCCCUCGGUGAGGGACUGUGCCCUCCCAGCACAGUCAGGGAGGCCGGGAAAUAACAGAAGGCAAAGAGGAACAGAGAUGGGGAUUAUAAUGUGUGCAGAGGACUGGCUUGCCACCUCUGAGCUGACGAGAGGCAGCUCUAAGGUUAAUAGCUGCCCUUCCUGAAGGCCAGCUACGUGUUGGGCACUGGCUUCCUCCAUGGGCCUGCUCCAUGGGCCAGAUGUUGUACCGUUCACUCCUCAUAAUAGCUUUGGGAAGAGGAGCCACCGUUACCCCCAUUUUACGGUUGGGGAUAUUAAGACACCCAGGCGGAUACGUGUACUAAGUGGUAGAGAAGGAUUCAAACCUGAGGCCAUCAGACUCCACAGCCUGAGCACCAUGUUGGGGGCCAGAUGGGCAGGGAAAGUACGUUGGAGAGGCCCUUGAUCCUGGUCUGGUUUCUAGCUAUAGGAGUGACUGGUGUGAUGUUGGAGGGUCCUCAGGUCUUGGAGGCAGAAUGGCUGGGACAGCUGGGGAGAGGAAGGGACUGCUUCCCCUUCACCCUUUUGGCUCUGUCUAGGGGCAGUUGGUUCCUUCUGGCCAGUGUGUGUCUGUGUGUGGAGCCUUUAUGUCAUGCUGUACUCAGAUGUGCAAAUUGAACAUUUGUGUCAAAAACAAAGGUGGGAGGGAAGGAAGGAACAAGUGCUGGCUAGAACGAGUGGAACUGGUGGAAAUGGACCGCCUCCCCUCCCAGAUGGGGGCAAUUUUGCCACCGCAGUGUCACUGCCGUGGCUCAGUUCUAACAGCAAUGGCAUCCUAUACCAUAAGGCAUGGCAGGUGGCUGGCUGUGUUGUCCCCCAGAGUACAUCCCACCUGCUCACACAAACCCUCUUCCCCCCAUCCCUUUGCGGGCUCCUCAGUGCCCCCUGCUUCUCUGAGCAACCCCUUACCCACGCACAGCCGUGUGCCCCUUAUGGCACCGGUACGCUCCCUCCAGCAGCCCCCGGUCCCUCCCUGCCCGCCCCACGUCUCUCACUGGAGACAAGGGCACUGAAAGGGCAGGUGGAAGGGAGGGCGAUGCCCAAGUCUCUGCCCUCAGCCUGCCUGCCCACCCCCCCACGGCCUGUACUAGGAUGAGGAGGGAUGUGAAGAAGCCUGUCUGUGCAGGCCAGUCUGGACACUGCAGAUAAUAAAUGCCGGUAGCUUGCAUCGGUCAGAGUUCAGCCGGAGAAAGGUGGCACACUCAAAUGUGUAAUGUGAGGAGUGUUUAAAAGGGGGGGCUGUCUAGAAAAGGCAGGAAUAAGGGAACCAAGGUGACAGUGAGCACGACAGGACGCCCCUCAGUGGGAGCCACACCUCUGCUAGGUCUGAAGGGCCAGGGGGAGGAAGCAGUUCAUGGGACCUAGAGAGACCCAGGCAGGUCCCUGGGCAGGUUUGGUCAAGACGUGCAGACAAUUCACAGUGACCUUGACACCACAGGCAGGGUGCCGGGGGAAUAAAUACUUCAACCUCAUUCUCCUCCGUUCCUCUGUUCUCCCACUGGGGUUCCCCAUUGACCAAGCAUAGCCAGACA